AUUACUUUUCCUGGGGUUCUGAUAAACCCUAUUAAUUUUCUUUGGGUUUCAGUUUUAUCUCCUUUUUCCUUACAGUAUUUUGCAUUCCUUUGGUUGCAUGUCUGGUUUCCCACCGAAGACAAUAUGGAUGUUGUUUAGAAACUGAAACGCUGUGAUGCAACUAGUCGGAGAAACUACAGCAACCAAUUCUAUUCAGUACUGGAUCCUAGUAUGCUUGUUAACCAAAGAAAAGUUCUCAACCAUUCUCAUUGCUCUAUGAGAUUUGCUUCGUCUGGAGGUUAUUCUGUUCUUCGCUCAAGUGGUCUUCAGCACUGGUUCAAAAAUUGGCAAGGACUCAGAAAACAUAAACUGACAGCUAGCACUUUUGCUGCGGCCAUUGGUUUUUUUCAUCGCCGAAGACUCCAGCUUUGGUUAGAGAAGAUUGGAGCAAUUGAGCCAUUUUCGGGUAACCUGGCUACCUGUUGGAGCAAUAUCAAAGAAGAGGAAGCACUUGAAAGAUACAAACUAAUAACAGGAAAUUCUGUCUUGUUUCCUGAAUUUCAAGUCUAUGGUAAUAGAAAUGCUGGAGAUGAUUGGCUAGGAGCUUCACCAGAUGGGGUGGUUGAUAGACUGGUAUACGGAUUGCCUUCACGAGGAGUGCUGGAGAUUAAGUGCCCAUUUUUUGAUGGAAAUAUGAAAAAGGCUACCCCUUGGUCACGAAUUCCUCUAUACUGUGUUCCACAGGCUCAGGGUUUAAUGGAAAUACUUGACAGGGAUUGGAUGGAUUUCUAUGUUUGGACUCCUAAAGGGAGCAGCCUAUUCAGAGUAUACCGAGAUGCAGAAUACUGGGAUGUUUUGAAAAUGGUUCUCUCAGAUUUUUGGUGGAACCAUGUCCAGCCAGCAAGGGAGAUCUGCAGUAAGUCUCAGAUUACGGAUCCCCUCCUUGAAUUAAGAUCACUCAAACCAGCACCCAGGCAUGAAAUGUGUAGUUAUAUAGUUUAUGAAAGCAAACGCGUUGUUGACAGCUCCAAGUUAUUGAUGCGUGAAAUCAAUGGCAAACUGAUAAACUGAUGCAUCUUUAACCACAAUUUAGGCCUUUCAAAUUAAUUGGUUAUGAGGAUAUGGGACUAUCCACGUCAAGUUGCUGGAAUAUGGCUUUCAUGAGUUUAGUAAUUGAUGUAAAUUCCUACUGCCUGUAUCAUCAUAACUUUUGCCUAAUUAGCGUAAGAGGAAUGUACGUUGCUACACGAGGCAGAUUUUGAUAGGAUGAAUAUCCCAGCUAUAGUCAUUGUAUGAUAACAUAAAAGAAAGAAAAAAGUUUGAUUUCUACAGGAUUGAAGAAGUAUAGACCGAAGAUUGUUAGUUGAGGCGCUGAUCAUGCUGUGGGGAAACUCAAACAGGAACAGCUUGCAUUUGCCUUUCAAACUAUCAAAUUACUGCUGCAAAAUGAAAAGCAAGUUAAAGUUGUUCAUGAUUUAACUUACCCAGAAGUUUUGCUCUUGAAUGAGCAGGGGCAGUUCUUUUGGGCUCUGGAAUAAUUAUUGUGACUGCAGCCCAUUCUGAUAGUAUAUGAUGAAGGGGUACUGAGCUCAUUUGCACUAUCAAGUUGGAGCCAACUAGUUUCACUUUUCAUCGAUAAACUUACCUUUGAAGGCAAUUGUUAGAAAGCAACUAGAUGAAAAAGAUACUAGGUGCAUCGUAUUUACAUGCUUUAACAUAUAUCUUGUCUUGUAUUGACUUCUUGACCAGAGUUGAACGGUGCGGCGUAACAGCGUUUGUUGUGUUAUAUAUUUUCUAAUUAUGUAAAGAGGGGGGUAUUUUAGUUUUUGCCUGGUUAGAUGUUUUAGUGAUGUAGGAGGACAGAAUUGUAUUGAACAAAAUAUUUGUGAUCUGAGACAUGGUGGAUGAAGUUUCACCAUUAUUAUUCGAGGCCAUACUUUUACUAGGUCGCUGAGGAAAUAGGAUUUUAUAGGAAAAUUUGGAAGGCAAAUAGCUGCAAGAAAUUGACUAUAUUUUGGCAGAAUUUCAAGACAGAUUCUGGCGUUCUUGUGAUUUUCUGUUCGCUAUUUGAUGUUCGUUUGUUCUGUUUUGAUGUUUUGUUUCCUCCGUGCCUGUCGCCCUUUAGUGAGUUUAGUUGGCGUUAUGGGCUUUCUGACUUGUGCUGGUCCAGACCCACCCAGUCACACCUUGUGUUGUUUUUUCUUGUAAUUGUUGUUGUGCCUACCGUUGUUUG